AUGAAUGAAAAUACCUCCAGGAGUAAUCAUAAUAACCACAAUCCGAACCACACGCAUGGAUCUUCUUCCGAGAGAAGAGAUCUUAUCUCCACUUUGAAAGGCUUCUCUCAAAAAAGUAUUCCCAACUCGGAACUGUAUUCCAAGUCGUUACCUCAAUUGAAUUCGAGAGACUCUUCCAUCUUGUCGAAUAGCUUUUCAAACCUUUACAUGCAACCUCCAUCAAGUACAACAAAUCUCAACACGAGUUCGGUGUCGAGAUGUCAUGUUUUAAACAAACAACCGAUUUCCUCCGAAAUACCUCUUGUACCUUUAAAUGACUUGCAAGAAUCCGAUUUAAUUAAGGUAUUAACUUUCUUCUUUCCAAAAGGCACCAAUUUUUCAAUGAAUCGAUGCGGAUGUGGUGUUUUGUGUCCUUUAAUUUCUAUUCCUGUUACUUCCCUUCAGCAAGUAGACCCUUCGAUCGCUCAUCGAGCCAUUCAACAACGAGAUAAAAAUGCUUCUUCAUCACAUCAGCCAAAAAUCAUCAUCCGAAGAACGCCACAACGAGAAGUUUCCAUCUUUUUCGAUCCGGAAGCUGCUGAUAAAAACAAAACAAUAAUGCAUCAAAUUGACGAAGGAUUUACAAUUAAAAGAAAUGAGAGAGUGGUGAACACAAACAAUAUUACAGCAAAUUUAGUAUCACUACUUGGAGCGGAUGAUAUUUUGGGAACAACCCACAAAAUGGAUGCAAUUUCAUCCACAGAAGACACAGUCAACAAUAUUGCCUCGUCAUCAACAGAUGGACGCAAGUCAUUGUCGCCAAAUAUUCAAAUUUUACUCACAGAAUAUGAAAACCAAUUAAAAUCUCUCAGAGAGCAACUUGACCACGUGAUGGCUGAAAAGCAGCUCAUCCAGUCCACUUCUCAUAACAUUACAGAAAAAGCUGGAAAGCAAUCGGAAGAAAUCUCGAGGUUGCAAAACGAAAACGAUUCUCAACGAGAAAAAAUUAACAACCUUCGCAAAGUUGUAAGAUCUUAUGAAUCAAUGAUCAACAAGAAUGAAAAUAAUGAAUCAUUGCUAGAGCACAAAAAUGAAGAAAUUGAAAAAUGUAAAUCAAUAAUUUCUUCAAAAGAUAGAGAAAUUACUCGCCUUCAAGAACAAAUAGUGCUGAGCAAUAAUUCCAUUAAUCAGGCGGCAGAAAUUAAAAAACUUAUAUCCAAAAAAGAACAAGAAUUAUCACUCCUUAGCAAAGAUAUUCACAAUUUGAAAAUGGAACUUUCAGAGAAGGAACGAUUAUCACAUGAAAAAGUUUCAGAGUUGCAAAAUUCGAUCGACAUGUUAACACAACAGUUGAAUGUGGAACAAGAAAAGAGCAAGAGUAUGAAAAUUGAUUAUGAUUUGUUAUUAAGAAGCAAAGAAUCUGAAUUGUUAAAUUUGAGACAGCAACUUGAAAUGGAACGAAGCAACCUUUCUAUUCUUCACGAUAAGCAUCAAAUGUUGGAAACAAAAUUCAAGCAUGAGCAAAAAUUGAUAUCACGGCUCGAGCAAGAUUAUAAACAUAAUGAAAUUGCAAUGGAAUCUCUCAAAAAGAAGUAUGACAAGAUGGUAGAGAUUAAAGAGGAGUGGGAAAUGAAAUAUAAUUCAAAAAUGCAAGAGUUAAAGCAAUACCAAGAGAAAGUGAACGAAGAAAAAGCUCGUCUACAGAGCGAAUUUGAAUCUAAUCUCCAGAACUAUCAACAAACGAGUCAAAGAACGAUCACUGAUCUUACGACGCGUCUUGAACAGGUCAUAAAUGAGAAUCGGCUUCACGUCACUGCACUGACAAGUAAGGAAGAGAUGAUGGUGUCAUCACAAAUUGAUUCCCAGCAAAAGAUAUCAGAGUAUAGGGAAACAGUUGAGCAGCUUAAUCAUCAAUUAAGAAAUGCCUCUGUAGAACUGCAACAAAAGGAAAAUGAAAUUUCAAAACUUCGAAAAUUGAUGGAGCAAUUAGAAAAGGAUAAACGAGCUCUUGAAGUUGUUAUUUUAGAAAAAACAGAUCUAAUUGUAAGACACGAAAUGAGCAUUUCAAACUUGGAAAUUGAAAAGAAAAAGUCUAGCUUUGAAAUAUCUGAAUAUUCUGCACGACUCUCAAAACUUGAACAAAAAACAAAAGAGUUAUUAAGUGAUAUUAGCCAAUUACAAGAUGUAAAUCAAUCCCUCCAAGAGAGCAAUGAAGUUUUGAAUCAACAAUUACAUUCAAAAGACGCUGAUAUGAAACAAAUGUUUGAGUUGAAGACAAAGGAGAACGAAAGCUUGAUCAACCGAGUGAAAUCUGAUCUGGAAAAUCAAUUAUUGGAUCUUCAACAAGAAAAGGCUACUCUUCAACAACGUUAUGAUAAUCUCAUCGAAGAAAAGGAUUCUCUACAAUUUAAUGCCCAGCAACAAUUGGAAACCAUCCAUCGAAUUACUGAGGAGUUGAAACAAUCACAAAAUGAAAACAACUCUCUCAAAACAGAGCUUAACGCACUCAAAGAAACACUAGUGGCCAAGGUAAAUACGCACAAAGAAUUCCAAGAAAAAACGGAAAAGAAGAUUGAAGAGCUUUCGAAUCUAAUCGUGGUCAAAACAGAGUGCGCGAAUGCCCACAUACUUGAGAUUGACAAACUUAAAGGUGAAAUUCAAUCUCUGCAAGGUAAACUCAGUGAAAUUCAAUUACACUUUAAAAAACAGAAAGACACUAUCAAGGACCUUACAGAGAGUUUGAACAUGCUUAAUGAAAAGUUUACAACAACUCAGCAAGAACUUCAAAUCAAAAAAUGA